AUGGGUCUAUCAUCCGAGUUAGGUGUUUGGUUGAAAGAGAAAGUGUCAUGUGAAAUCAGAGAGUCGACUUCAAUGAUGUGGAAGAGGUCGAUUGUGCAAGCCAGGGCUGUGUGUGGAAAGUGCGUUUGCGCAGCUGCAACCCUACAGCUGACGCUGACCCUGCUUCUGCUGACCUCUGGCGUGGGGUUAAGUUCCGGAGCAGACCUUGUGAUUGAAAUCCCUGGAUGGGGUGGGGCAGAGGGUGAAGAAGCUCACUAUAGGCUAGACUAUCGGCCACCACAUGGCUCACCUGCGCCUAAUUUCACCGUGCCAGCUCGUGCUUCUACAAUUAAUUUUCAAGGACUUCCUGGUACAAAGUACCAUUUCAUGCUCUUCUACUCAAAUGCUACUUUUGCUGAUCUAUUAACAUGGAAUCAGACAAUCAUUACUGCACCGGAACCACCUACAAAUCUGACGGUUACCCUUGGCCGCAACAAGCAAGCGGCUAUAUCUUGGUCUCCACCAGCCCAUGGGGAUUAUACUGCAUUUAGGUUUAAGGUCAUCCCUCUAACGGAACGCGCUGAGGGUGGAACACGGAACAUCACAGUAGAGGGUGGUGGCAACUGGACUCAUGUGCUCCGAGACCUUUCCCCCGGAGCCACCUAUCAAUUACAUGCCUUCACGCUGCUGCACGACAAGGAAAGCGCCGCUUAUGCUUCUUUUAACUUUACAACCAAGCCAAAUACACCUGGGAAAUUUAUCGUCUGGUUCCGAAACGAGACCACUCUGCUGGUGCUUUGGCAGCCGCCUUACCCACCCGGGGCCUAUACACAUUAUAAGGUAUCCAUAGAACCAAGAGAUGCGCGGGACUCCGAACUAUAUGUGGAGAAGGAAGGUGAACCGCCGGGACCUGCGCAGGCGGCGUUCAAGGGUCUGGUCCCGGGCCGAGCGUACAACAUCUCCGUGCAGACUGUAUCCGACGCACAGCUAUCCCCGCCCACUACCGCACAGUACCGUACUGUCCCACUGCGACCGCGGAACGUCAGUGUAGACUCGAGUUUACUGAGCGAAACUUCGUUCACCGUCACUUGGUUGCCACCUGCGGAGAAUAGUGAAUUCCAGAAGUACCAAAUAUCGGUGUCAAGCGCUGGUGGAGGUGCCGGAGCGACUGCCCGAAGGCUCCCACCGGCGGUUCGGGGCCGGGACGAUCCACCACUUUGUUCCUUCGAUGGUCUAGAACCGGGGGCUCACUAUGCAGUCACUGUGAAGACGAUGUCCGGAAAAGUUACCUCCUGGCCUGCUGCUACAGAACUAACUCUCAAACCGCUGCCUGUGACACAAGUGGGAUGGCGCUAUGCAGAACCGAGUGAAGUGAACUCAGCAGGGGGCGUGGCGGGAGAAGGCGUGCUCGUCUGGUGGAGCCCCGCCUCGAAUAGCACGCAAGACGAGUUUAAAGUGUCGUAUCACGAAGCUGGUGAGUCACGCGACGACAGCAGCGCGAUCAGCACGUCAAAUAACAACGUGACCCUCGAAGCUCUGCUGCCUGGCCGCAAUUAUACUGUCACGGUGGUGGCUGUAUCACGCGGGGUGCAGUCGAAUGAGAGCGCAGUGAGCGUAGCAACUCGCCCCUUGGCACCAGUCCUACGCGCCGCGGUCCCCUCGCGGACCUCACUGCGUCUCGACUGGAGCUCCGACGUCAACUCGAAGCAAGACCACUACGACCUACGCUACAGACGACAGGACGUUGACGCGCCAGAACAAGAGCCUUUUAAAACGCUAAAGACAACGGAAACAACGGCGACCCUAGAAGGAUUAGAGCCCGGUGCCGUUUACGAGGUUCAAGUAGCAGCUGCACGACUGGAACUGAGGAGUGAAUGGCUAGUGGUAGUACAGGCUGUACGACCACUACCCGCACAGUGGGUAUCCGUGGAGCGUGCUACCUCCAAUGCGGUGGUGGUGAGAUGGCUGGGGCCACCUGGUGGCGCUUUGGGUGCAUAUUCGCUGCGGUACCGCCCUGGUUCAGCGCCGUGGCGCAGAUUGCCACCGCUGCCUCCAGACGCUGCGCACGCUGAGAUUGCUAAUAUGACACACGGCGAACGCUACACAAUUGCGCUCGACACACUCAGCAAAACAGCGCGCGGGGAAGCUGUUGACAGCGGCGAUCCGCGGCUCGCUAUUCACACAGUUCGACCAAACCCCGUAUCAAAUGUGGCUCAAUUAGCUGACACUCGUAACAUGACCCUGGAAUGGCCACGGCCUGAGGGUAGAGUUGACUGGUACCGAGUGACGUGGUGGCCUAGUGAAGACGAGAGCGGUAACGGGGGUGAGGCGGGCGCAGCGGAGGGUGGAGGGGCGCGUAACGUAAGCGCGGGAGAAGGACGCAGCGCGAGGGUUUUAUUAUCGGGCCUUGAACCCGGUUGGGGGUAUACCGUGGCGAUCACUUCGCACUCCUAUAAUCUCUCUAGCGACCUAUUUACUAUGCACACGCGAACACGACCACUAAUUCAGUCUGAAAUGACUAUCGUCACGCAAAAUGGAGGCGAAGAGAGCGAGGAUAAUGAUACAAUGCCUGCAUUUUUGGUGAUCUACACUCGCACGCCAGAAACAGCAGCACGCUUUGAUGCGUACCGGGUGCGGCUAGAAGCACUGGGCGAAGAGGCGCGUGAGGAAAGACGCGCAGCUGAUGCAGCGCCAAGACAGGUUUCCUUCCGAGGGCUUACGCCGGGGCGUCUCUACAAUAUCACCAUGUGGACACUCUCCCACAACGUAUCAUCACACCCCGUGCAACGCCAGGCGCGGCUCUUUCCACGGCCGAUAUCACAGCUGAACGCUACCGAAAUCGGUGCGCGCGAGAUCACCUUGACCUGGGAUCGACCGGCCGGAGACUGGAGUUCAUUCGAGGUGCAGUACUUGGCCAGCGCCGACCAGCUCGAGAGUAGGUCUACUUCGCGCACGACCCUCACCCUGGCCCCCCUAGCCCCGUACACAUCAUACACCUUCACCGUCGAGGUACUAUCAGGGACGCCGGCCACGAUCCUCACUAGAUCGCGCGCUCUCUCAGCCGCGUUCAGGACCCUUCCAGCCCCGCCAGCCAUACCGUCAUCCUUCCACCCCACUGACGCUAAACCAACAGAGCUCACGUUCCAAUGGGAUCUGCCGGCUGCUUCCCGCCAUGGUGAACUUCUCCGCUUCAUCCUGGAGUAUUGGCCCCAGGGUGCCACAGACUUCUCUCGAACUGUGACCUUUCCACCUGACGCCAGUUCAGGUGUAGUGCGUGGUCUGCGUGCUGGCAUAACAUAUGAGUUCGAGCUACGUGGGGAAACGAAUGCUGGUCGCGGUGCAGCAGCGCGCUGGCGACAGCACAUGGCUAUAGCGGCUCCACCACGGCCACGCGCGCACGCAUUACCUUCGGCUGUGCGCCGUACCUCGUCCACAGUGGUUGUGCGCUUCCGCGCCGAUUAUUUCUCGCCGGCGAAUGGCAACGUGACAGCGUACACUCUUGUCCUCGCUGAAGAACCGCGCAACGACACGCCAGCGCGUCUGCCGUCCUGGCGCGAUGUGCAUCGCUUGCCGCUCUGGCCGCCGUACCAGGUAACAGAGCCCUACUACCCGUUUCACUCGAGCGCUGUAGAAGAAUUUACUAUUGGGUCCGAGCGUUGCGAGGGUGGCGGUCGAGCCUACUGCAACGGACCCCUGAAGCCGAACACGAAAUACUUCGUCAAGCUUCGCGCAUUCACAGCUCCCGAUAAAUUUACUGACACUGCCUACACCACCAUCUACACGGAGGCGGAUAACACAGCGUGGAUUGCUGGUGGGGCGGUGCUGGCUGCGGUGGUGAUAGCUGGUGGUAUCGGUGCAGCGGUGUGGCGACGUCGAUCCCGUCUCUCCGCCCGCCCUACGCCCCGUACCCACCUGCCUGCCUCUCGACCAGUCCGUGUUGCUGACUUCAUAGACCACUACAGGCUUAUGUCCGCCGAUUCCGACUUCAGAUUCAGUGAGGAGUUCGAGGAGUUGAAGAACGUGGGACGGGAGCAGGCGUGCUCUGCAGCAGAUCUGCCGGUCAACCGACCUAAAAACCGGUUCACGAACAUUCUGCCCUACGACCACUCGCGGUACAAGCUGCAGCCAGUCGAUGAUGAAGAAGGCUCCGAUUAUAUAAACGCCAACUACGUACCCGGAGACAACUCGCCGCGAGAGUUUAUUGUCACCCAAGGCCCACUACACUGCACCCGAGAUGACUUCUGGCGCAUGUGUUGGGAGUCUGGGUCGAGGGCGAUUGUUAUGCUGACACGUUGCGUCGAAAAGGGACGCGAGAAAUGCGACCGUUACUGGCCGUACGACACACGGCCCGUAUACUACGGCGACAUCGCCGUGACAGCGCUAAACGAGAGCCGCUACCCCGACUGGACGGUUAGCGAGCUCGCUGUAUGCCGUGGUGCUGAGCAGCGCGUCCUCACACACUUCCACUUCACCACGUGGCCAGAUUUCGGUGUACCAGACCCGCCGACCACGCUCGCCCGCUUCGUCCGCGCAUUCCGCGACCGCUGUCCGCCGGACUCGCGGCCCGUGGUCGUCCACUGCAGCGCCGGUGUAGGUCGCUCUGGUACCUUCAUCACGCUCGAUCGUGCGUUACAGCAACUGACGCGUCACGCGGAGUACCUGGACAUCUUUGGCAUGGUGCAUGCGAUGCGCCGCGAGCGUGUCUGGAUGGUUCAGACGGAGCAGCAGUAUAUCUGUAUACAUCAGUGCGUGGUUGCUGCACUCGAAGGUCACGACUUGGCGCCCCCGCCGCCCAACAACCACCAUCACAAUGCUGCGUUUGAAGACGACGAGGGCAUCGCAGAGUCAGGAAUGUGA